AUGGCCUCCCGGCUCCCGCUUAUUUGCGGCUCCCAUCUGGCAUCCUCAGUGCUCAAGCCUCUUCUAGCCGGCCCUCGCCGCCUUGGAUGCGGCAGCUCAGUGUUCCCGCCGAGCGCCAAGGUCGGCGGGCCGAAGGCGCAGGUGGAGCAUCUGGCGUGGUUCUGGCAGCGUGUCAUCGAGAAUGAGAAGAAGAGCGAGCUGGACACCAGUAUCGAGCAGUGGGUCCCGGCGUCGCGGAUCACCGAGGCCGACGAGACCAAUGACACGACCUCGGUCAACCGGUCCCUCGACAAGUGCCUGUACUUCGUCGUGAAGAACCGCAAGACCGGCGUCUGGACCUUCCCGGCCUUCAAGUACAACCCUGACACCGAUACCACCUACGAUCUCAAGGGACAGGUGAGCCGUUUCAUGACGCGCUCCUUCGCCGGCUCCGAGGCCUCGCGUUUCUGGGUCACCUCCGACUGGCCGGCUGGCACCUUCAUUCACCCUGCGCAGAACAUGAAGCAAACACUCGUCGGCGCCUAG